CCUUCAGGUGGACGAGCAUCACGAGUCGAGCAGGCUGUCUCCUUAGCGACACUGAAUCCAAAGAGUUCCAGCCAAGACCCCAAAGGGGUUUUUGUGUUUCUGUCAAAGGGAUGCCGUGUUGCAAAGCCAGGAAGAGGAAAGAUGGGGGGAGAUGCUUUUUCGGAAGGCAAAUAGCUUCAUGGGAGCCUUGAAAGCUUCACGCAGCCGCGCAACAUGUCUGAAAGCUCCUCAGGUCUGAACGCAAGCUGGCUUAGAUUGCGCACCAACCAUUCAUCGCCCUUCUCCGAUCUAAGCGAUACAGAAAUCCCUUUGCCAGUGUUAUCGUCAAGGAGCAGAGGGGUUCGCCCGCCCAGCUGUGAUUCCGGCAUUGCCUCUCCACUUCCAUCAGAUUCCUUCAAGUAUCUCACCUGGCAUGAACUAGAAGAGCAUGAUGUUCAAGGAAACCAAAUCCGCUGCCCCCGAGUGAGAGAAGGACCUUCUGAAGAAGAGCGUUUUUUCAGAGGAGAGCAUCACACUCUGUGUGCCAGAAAAAAACUGACAGAGAAUGAGAAAUGGGAACAAAGGCUGCAAGAGAACUGGGAAAACUGUAUGAGUUUAAAUCUUUCGUACCAAGACUUGGGAGACCUUUACCAGGUAGAAAACUGCAAAAGGAUUCUCCGCCGUCUAAUCCGAGUGGAGAGGCUUUGGCUGGUGGACAACUCCUUGACAGAUCUAAGUGCCAUAUGCUUGCCAAGAUGCAAAGAGCUGAAACUCAGCAGAAAUCAUUUUACAUCCUUCAAGCAGCUGCCAAAACUACCUGCGAUUCAACAUCUGUCCCUUGAUGAGAACAACAUUGAGACACUACAUGGGCUGUGUGCCCUGAGACACACUCCACUGGAGUCUCUCGUACUCCAGAGGAACCCCUGUGAGUUUCAUGACAACUACAGGCAGCUUGUGUUCUCUAACUUGCCAAACUUGAAAAUGCUGGAUGGGAUCCUGAAACUGCCAGAGGACUGUCCUCCACCGGAAACCAAUUUCAUGUCGAAAAUAUGCACCAUCCUAUAGCAUUAUAUUUUGUGAGAGGACUGAAGGACUUGCCACAAUUCAAAGAAUGAAUCCUGCGAAUGCACAAGUCUGUUUCCUGACCUUGCGGUCAUAAAUAGAGCAGCUUGUAUGUCGUGCCAAAAAUGUCCAAAUUAUGCACCACAGAAAACCAAAAUAUGCAUGUAUAUAUACUUAAUUUGGAGUAUAUUUCCAAUACUUUGUGGAGGCUGAAGGUGGCCUCAAUGGCUAGGAGUGCUUAUUCCCAACUGCAGUUGGUUCACCAACUUUGACCACUGUACUCCAUACUCUGGUGACUUCCAGAUUGGAUUACUGCAACAUGCUCAACAUGGAGCUGCCCUUGAAGAUGACUUGGAAGCGUCAACCAAAAUGCAGCAACCAGAUUACUGACUAGGGUUUAGGGCUCACAUAGCUCCUGUUUUAAAACAGAUGCAACGGGUUGCAAUUCAAGGUGCUCACACUAGUGUUUAAAGCCCUAAACGACUUGGGCUCCAAAUAUCUGAAGGGUUGCCUCAUUCCCUGUAACACCUCUUGGGUGUGAAGAUUAGCUGAAGAUUACCUUUUGGUAAUUCCACCAACCUUGGGAGGAAAGAGCAU